UGGUAGACUGGGGGUGGAGCCUCAGUUUCCAUGGUGACAGUAAACAAGGCUGCGGCAGCCACUGCUGCAGCAGCCACCAUGAUUCCCCCAAUUGACUCUCUGCUCAAGUAUGAUACCCCCGUACUAGUGAGCCGGAAUACAGAGAAGCGGAGCCCCAAGGCCCGUGCCCUGAAGGUCAGCCCUCAGCAGCCACUGUCUACAGGGCCAAUCCCACAGCCUCCCAAAGGCAAGAUCAUCCCUUCUACUUCUGCUGCCCCAGACCCUGCCAAGCAGGCUGAAGAGAUCCUGAAUUCCAUCUUGCCCCCCAGAGAAUGGGUGGAAGAUACGCAACUAUGGAUCCAGCAGGUGUCCAGCACCCCCAGCACAAGGAUGGAUGUGGUGCAUCUCCAGGAGCAGCUAGACUUGAAGUUGCAGCAGCGGCAGGCUCGGGAGACUGGAAUCUGCCCAGUGCGCAGGGAGCUGUAUUCACAGUGCUUCGAUGAGCUGAUCAGAGAAGUGACCAUAAAUUGUGCGGAGCGGGGCUUGCUGCUGCUGCGUGUCCGGGAUGAGAUCCGAAUGACCAUUGCAGCCUACCAGACCCUGUAUGAGAGCAGUGUGGCCUUUGGCAUGAGGAAGGCCCUGCAAGCGGAGCAAGGGAAAUCGGACAUGGAGAGGAAAAUUUCAGAAUUGGAAACAGAGAAGAAAGAUUUGGAGAGGCAAGUGAAUGAGCAGAAGGCGAAGUGUGAGGCCACUGAGAAGCGGGAGAUUGAGAGGAGGCAGGUUGAAGAGAAGAAACACAACGAAGAGAUUCAGUUCCUAAAGCGGACCAAUCAGCAGUUGAAGGCCCAACUAGAAGGCAUCAUUGCACCGAAGAAAUGAAGAUUUCCAUGUGGGCCCCAGCGAGAACUAUCCCUAUACAAACAGCCCCCUGUAAUAAAAAGCUACAGUUUAGUGAACCAGCCCAAGCCCAUGCCCUCCAGAAAAACCACCAUGCAACAUUCAUACCAUUGCCUACAUGCCCUGAAAACACCUCAAGAUUUGCUAGUAAUGCCCAAAGUUGGACAAUGAGAAUUCGUGGCUCCCAGGUAUCUUCCAUACUUGGCUUCCCAGACAGUUUUGGAAUCAGUUUAAAACCUACUUGGCAUUGCUCAAUGUAGAUCCUUGAGCAAGGGCUGUCCAGCUAGGGGGGUUGAAAUGGCCACUCUUGCACCUUCAUUCCCAGGUGCCAAGGGGAAGUGGCUCCUCCUUUGAACUUUAGUUUUCUGUAUUUAUCUUCAUCAGUGCUUCUCCCAAUGCUACCUUUCCCCCUGGCCUCCAAGAAGGUUGCCUUUCUGGGGUCUGUCUGUUCCUUCCCAGCCAAAUGGAGUACUUGGGAUCUGUUUUCAUGCUUUGCUUUACCCAACCCUUCUAAUCAACCCCUAUGGCCUCUCAAGUUGCCAGCAGCUACUUCUCUUUAGAAGUCAGUAAGAUUAAAAUGUUCAUGGUUUUACUUUGGUGUUUGCUAGAAAGAGAUCUGAGUCAUGGAUGUUUAUCACAAGGAGGCCACAUGUAGACACCAAGGCAGUACAGCAACCCACUUCAGAAAGUAUCUGUUGGGUUUGCUUUUAGCUCGUAGAAAGAGAACCUGCCCCUAAAUAGCCAUGCCUAAUCAAUCAGAGCUGAUCAAACCCCAGGAAGCAACCUUGAUUGAUUUAGUACAGCUGAUAAGCCAGUCAGUGAGAGCUGACCAGAGAUGGCAGCUACUCUUGCUCUGAAGGGUAAACUUUCAAGUCAAAGUAAAAUAAAUCCAAAUCAGGUUUCCUCCCCCCCUCCGGUUUGUGUUUUAUUUUUAUAAGGCUGUACUUAGUAGAGAAUAUUGCCAGGUAAACCAAGAUCAAAGUCUUAUUUGUAUUGGGGGUCCAAUAGGGCUAGUUAGAGGAAGCUGUUCAACCAAGCCUCCCAAAUAGCAUGGCCAAGGGGCUUUAACAUGAUAGCACUUGCUCUUCUCGGGGACUAGCACAAAGAGCCUUGCUGGGUAAGUGGUCUAUCAGCAUCAGGGGAGUAUCAAAAUCCCACUCACAACUAUUCAGGCAGGGAGAUUUGCUUGAAAAAGGUCACAUCUUGCAGCAACUGUUUGCUUCCAUUAAGGAAGGUACUAUUUGUUAGCAAUGCUUGAUUCAGAAAAGCUGUUUUACCUCCCUUGGAAAUCUGUUUGUAGUAAGCAGCACUGGACAGUUCUCAGACUCUGUACAAGAAUUUGGCAUGGGCUCUGAGUAUCCAGAGUUAGAAGCACUCUACUCACUGAAAACUGAGUUCCAAAUUCUGGACCUGCAGUUGAUACUGUUUCUCCCUGAAGUUUGGGCAACAUAAAAUAUUUUUUUGAAAGUCGUCUAAUUUGCAAGGCUCUCAUGCUUCUGUUCUAACAAAACAGUAAUUAGACAACCCUUCUUCCUUUGCAUCUGCCAGAAAAGUAUAUGAUAGCUACCUCUUGACAGAACAAGGUUUCAUCACUCAAAUAUGACUCCAACUAGUCAAGAUUGCAAUCUCUCUUUGUGUGUUUUCUCAAAUGCGGGUGAGUGAUCCCUAAUGUCAGAUCUUAUAACAGUGGCAAUAUGACCUGGGAAAUGCAAACUCUGUAUGAAGAAAAUGAGCACAAUUAAUUGUAUAUUUUUGUAAAUUUUAAUAAACAAAUUAAGCUAUUGCUUCCGUCUGAA